UACUAUGGUACUAGGUGUAAUUUUUGUGAGCGAAUUCCGUAAUGUUGUGAUAUUUCCUCGCACUCGUCUGAUUUAUCCACAAUAAUAUCUAUGACAAAAAAAAAAAAUUCUGUAUGUAACUCUGCUGGGCCUGAAAUUCAGUUGUGAGAGCCCAUUGGACCACAACCAAAACCAGUAGCCCAGUACACAGACUUCUGCCCUCGUUAGGAAAAAAGAAUGACAUCACUCCCUUGCCUUCAAUCGGUACCGGUUUCUGGCUCUGUGCCCCCUGCUUUCUCUUUGCCGGUUAUGGGGAGAUAGAAGAAGAGUAGUUUGUCCAUUAUCGUCUUUAACUUCUGCUGGAAGAAACCACAGCCGAAUCCUGAUAGUUCUUCCCAAGUCCAACAUCAAAAGUAAAGUUCUUUCCUUUCUCAACCUUCUCCCCGUCGAUUCUCUUCUGUUACGCAUUUUAUCAUUCACCUUGGCUUCAUUCAAUCAUUCUGAUGGUGUUUCAGAGUUAAAGAGCUCUCUUUUCAAGUUUCCACCUUUCUCUCGACGCGAUUCUCGUUUUCUCCGGUGUUGGGUAACUUUUCCGGAAGUCUUCCUUAUCCGAGCUGUCUAUGAUUGUUGUUUCUUGGUUUCUUCGCUCUCUGCUAUGGAAUUCUCUUCUGGGUCGCUGUCUCGCUGAGCCGAGUGGGAAAAAGGCGUGAUCUUUCCCCGUUCCUUGUUUAAUUUCGGUUAGGUUUUGCUUCUUUGUUAUCUGUUCAAGUAUUGUUUUUGUUAACUGUUUGUUUCCAUUUUCCUCUGUUUGCCAGUGCACUUGUGCUUGUACUGUGGAAGCAUGUUGGGCAUUCGAGCUCUUGCGAUUCUAAGCAAUUGACUGUCCAAUUUUUUUGUUUUUGAUGUUGCUGGUUUUCAGUUAGCUCGUCUGAUGGUUGAUUGAUUUCAUCUGCUUCUGUUUGGUGUGAUCAUUUCCUUUCUCUCUCGCUUUGGGCAGGAUUUUGUUUAGUUUGAAGGUGUCAGCGAUAUUUCCUUCCCAAUGAGCACUACUAGGCAGUUUGGUAGUGGCACACUCUCCGGAGUAGUGACAGGUAGAACCAAAUUUACAAACAGUCCGUGUUCUUGGUCUCGGUGUAGUAGAGUUCCCACAGGAUUUCGAGGGAGAGAUAGUACUACGGAGUGCUGCUUGUCUACUAAGUAUAGAAGUUCAUUGUCACCACUGGUGAAUUGUCGAAGAAGGCCCCAGUUGGGCGUGGUAUAUAAUCAGUCAACUCCUGGUUAUGGUGUUGAAUCCGUCGAUGUACAGGAGAGUCUGGAUUUGGAAGAAGAACAUGCAGUGAAUGGUUCUGCACAUGAGCAAUUUGACUCUGUGGGAUUUUCAGUUGAGAAGAAACAUCAACCUACAGAUGUCAAACGUGAGCUUACAAUGCUUACAGUGCCUGCAAUUGCUGGACAAGCAAUUGAUCCCUUCGCACAACUAAUGGAAACUGCCUUUAUUGGUAGACUAGGUCCUAUCGAGUUGGGUUCAGCUGGUGUUGCCACUAUGAUCUUUAACAACAUUUCCAAGCUGUUCAACAUCCCCCUACUAAGUGUUGCAACUUCUUUCGUUGCUGAGGACAUUGCUAAGAAUGCAGUGAUGGACUCUAGCGUUGUUGGUGCUGAAGAAGACCAUACAAAUGGAAAAGUCGUAAAUAGGGUGGUUAAAAGGAAGCAACUGGCUUCUGUGUCAACAGCAUUACUACUAGCCAUUGGAAUAGGCGUCUUUGAGGCAACCGCACUGUCAUUGGGAUGUGGUCCAUUUCUUAACUUGAUGGGUGUAACAUCGGAUUCACCAAUGCGAGUUCCUGCACAGAAAUUUCUUUCAAUAAAAGCACUAGGUGCUCCUGCAGUUGUACUGUCUUUGGCUCUUCAAGGCAUAUUCCGAGGCUUCAAGGACAUGAAGACGCCUGUGAUUUGUCUAGGUCUCGGUAAUUUGUCAGCAGUUUUUCUUUUUCCAUUGCUGAUGUAUCAGUUUAAGUUGGGUGUAACUGGGGCGGCACUCUCAACCGUCGUGUCUCAAUAUCUUGUGACCAUAUUAAUGCUGUGGCAUCUCAAUGAGAAGGUUGUACUACUCCCUCCAAGGAUGGCUGAUUUACAGUUUGGUGUCUAUAUGAAGUCUGGUGGUUUUCUUAUCGGAAGAACUCUAGCUGUUUUGAUAACCAUGACAUUAGCGACAGCAAUGGCUGCUCGCCAAGGACCAGUUGCCAUGGCAGGGCAUCAGAUAUGCAUGCAAGUUUGGUUAGCUGUCUCUCUACUUACCGAUGCCUUGGCUUCAUCUGGUCAGGCUCUGAUUGCAAGUUAUUCAUCGAAACGUGACUACGUGAAUGUAAAAGAAGUCACAAACUUGGUGUUGAAGGUUGGCUUGGUCACAGGUAUUUCCUUGGCUGCUAUACUCAGCGUAUCAUUUGGUUCCAUAGCCACCUUGUUCACCACAGAUGCUGAAGUACUAGGGAUCGCAAAAACUGGCAUAUUGUUUGUUAGUGCGAGUCAACCAUUCAAUGCACUGGCUUUCAUUUUCGAUGGCCUCCAUUAUGGUGUUUCUGACUUCCCAUAUGCAGCCUGCUCCAUGAUGUUGGUUGGAGCAUUAUCUUCAGUUUUCCUCCUCUAUGUUCCACCAAUCACUGGACUUCCCGGUGUCUGGUCCGGCUUGGCUCUCUUCAUGGCCUUACGUACAGCAGCCGGAAUAGCAAGGCUGCUGCUGAAAUCUGGUCCUUGGUGGUUCCUACACAAAGACUUGCAGAAUCAUCAGGCUGGCUAGCCUCUUCAAUCACUAUAUGAAGGUUUUAUGUCAGCUUUUCGGGGAUCGUCCGGAGUUAGAACACACGACGGCAACAGAAGCAGCAGCAGGAUAGGUAGUUGAAUGAUGGAAA